AUUCCUGACAUACCUUGUUCCAAUUUCCAGUACCUGGGACAUUCCAUGUCUGGUGGCCACCAGUAUGUGUAAUAGUCGGUAGUACUAGCAGUAGCAGUAGUGAUAGGAGUGCUAGUGCUAAAAGCAGACAAGUAGAAAGAACCAGUAAGAGAAAUUGUAUGUUUAGUUCGUUCACCCGAACACAAUGGAGACCAUUAAGGCGGCUUCGGGUACUAGAUUCGUUUCCAGGAAGGUCGUACUAUGUCGUUGUGUCCUCGGACUGACACGUCAUGUGCCACGAAUCCCGCUGUAUGAUACGUCCUCCGCUCUCCGCCUAACACGUCAGCACCUCUCUCCGCAAUUUCCGCUUCGCUCAGCUCGGGAGCCGCCAUUCGUCAGGUUGAAUCAGAAAAGAAGAUCGAAUGUCAGCAGGAUGAGCUCGCGCGAUCCUGACCGUCCGAUAGACAUGCCUCUUUUGUCAGAUGAGGGGGGAUCGACGACUCUAGCAAACGCAGACGAACAGGAGCCCAUAACAGACAGCGCGUAUGGCACAGUCGCAGGCGACUCGGAGCGACUACACGUGCUGUGCGUCAUAGUCGCACGGGCCCAGAAUGCGACGAGAAUCCAAAAUUCAGAUAGUUCCAGCACCCUUCAGAAUUCUGAGAGUCGUCCUUAUGAGAACAAGACUAUUGGGAGCAGGACGUUCAAGGGUCGGGAUUCUGAGAGUGGGAGUUCUAAUAACGGGGAUUCUGAAAGCUUGUCUUCUGAGGAUAGAACGUCUGGCCUACCCACAGCAGCAGAGGCCCGUUUCAUCUCAACUCUUCCACUUGAAACUCUCGUUUCAGCAGCCGGAACGAUUCGUGACCAGCGUGAGGACCCCCAUAUAGUCACAUUCUCGCCCAAGGUCUUCAUUCCAGUCACAUUCCUCUGCCGAGAUUCCUGCGCCUACUGCACCUUUGCCAAGCCCCCGGAUCAGGUUCGGCGCGCGUACAUGACCGAAGCUGAGGUGCUGGAAGUGGCUCGGGCCGGAGCUGCGGUUGGGUGCGUGGAGGCUCUGUUUACACUGGGGGAUAAACCGGAGCUUAGAUAUGAAGAGGCACGGAAGGAGCUUCAGGAGCUAGGCUUCCCCUCCACGCUGCACUACGUGGCACAUCUCGCCUCCAGAGUGCUACAGUGCACGGGACUGCUGCCACACAUCAAUGCCGGCACCAUGGGGGUGGCGGAUCUUGUCCUUUUGCGCCACGUAGCGGCCAGCCAGGGGCUGAUGCUGGAGAGCACUGCAGAGAGCUUGCUAAAACCCGCUGGGGCGCACUGGGGUUGUCCGGAUAAAGAGCCCACCGCCAGACUGGCAACAAUCGAGGCUGCUGGAGAAGCCCGCGUCCCCUUUACAAGCGGUCUCCUUGUGGGAAUAGGCGAGACAAGGGAAGAGCGGCUGAAGGAUCUUCUCAUCCUACGAGACCUACACGCUCGCCAUGGGCACAUACAGGAGGUCAUCAUCCAGCCGUUUCGCGCCAAGGGGCACACACGCAUGGGGGGGUGGGAGGAUGCAGCAGCAGAUGAGCUGCUGUGGACGGUGGCGAUGGCGAGGAUAGUGUUUGGGGCAGAGAUGAGCAUUCAGUCGCCGCCCAACCUGAGUUCUGGUGACUUGGCCCAGCGUGCACUCAUUGCUGCUGGAAUCAACGACUGGGGAGGAAUAUCUCCCCUCACAGUUGACUGGGUCAACCCUGAGGCCCCCUGGCCGCACAUUCAGGAGCUCAUGUCAGUCACCGCAGCUUCUGGGAAGGUUCUCGUGCCUCGCCUACCUGUCUACCCGCAGUUCCUCUCACUGCACAACCAGGACAAGUGGCUGGACCCGUCUGUUGUCCCCUCGGCUCUCCGCCUCGCCGACUCGUCAGGGUACGCCAGGUGCCAGCAGUGGGCGCCUGGCACCAUGCUACCUCUACCGUCUGAUGCACGGGGGAUACUGCGGAAUGAAGGUGCUGUGGGGGAUGACGCAGGUUCUCAGCCAAUUUCUGCAGCAGCAACUGCGGCAGUGGUGGCAGGAACAGCAGCAGGGGCGGUAGCACCAGCAACAGCAGCAGCAGCAGGAGCAGCAACACAGCAAGCACAGCUUCCGGCUUCUCAGGAGAAACGGUUGGAGGAAAGAGGAGGUGAAAGUAUAGCUAUAGGAGCAGAUGGGCUGCUGACGGGGACAAGCAGAUAUGCCGCAAGUGGUGACGUGGACGCCUCACCAAGUGACGAGGCGAGGCGAAAAAAUGAUGUGGCACAAUCAAGCAAUGACGUGGGGAGGGCAAGUGAUGACGUGGCAUGCAUUCUUGAUCGAGUGUUGGAAGGGCGCACCCUAUCUGAGGCGGGGAUAGUUCGGCUCUUCGCUGCACGUGGUGCUGACUUCCAUGCCGUGUGCAAUGCCGCGGACGAGCUGAGAGCGGUGGUGAGCGGUGACGAGGUGUCGUACGUGGUGAAUCGCAACAUCAACUACACCAACGUGUGCACCUAUGGCUGCCAGUUCUGCGCUUUCAGCAAGGGCAAAUCAGCAGAUAGCCUGAGAGGCCAACCUUACCUCAUGCCUCUAGAUGAGAUCACCUGUCGAGCUAAGGAAGCAUGGGAGCGAGGCGCUACAGAAGUCUGCAUGCAGGGCGGCAUACACCCAGACUUCACCGGAGACACCUAUCUCUCCAUUCUCUCAGCCGUCAAGGCGGCAUGCCCCGACAUGCACGUGCAUGCCUUCUCGCCCCUGGAGGUGUGGCAUGGGGCUACAUCACUCAACUGCAGCGUGCCUCAUUUCCUCCGGCUGUUGAAGGAUGCGGGCCUUGGCUCCCUGCCCGGCACAGCUGCCGAGAUCCUGGAUGACUCGGUGCGGGCUGUGCUGUGCCCAGAUAAGAUCUCAACCGUCCAAUGGGUCGAGGUGAUCGAGGCUGCUCAUGCCGUUGGGCUUCCCACCACUUCCACCAUCAUGUUCGGUCACGUGGAUCAUCCUGUGCACUGGGCACGUCACCUGCUGCUGCUGCGGGCCAUUCAGGAGCGGACAGGUGGCAUCACGGAAUUUGUCCCGCUUCCAUUCGUGCACAUGCAGGCGCCCAUGUACCUCAAGGGCAGGUGCAGGAGAGGCCCCACAUUCAGAGAGUGCGUGCUGAUGCACGCUGUGGGGCGGCUGGUGCUGCAUCCACACAUCAGGAACAUUCAGGCCUCAUGGGUGAAGAUGGGCGUGGAUGGCGUUUCUUGUCUGCUAGCGGCUGGCUGUAACGAUGUGGGCGGCACGUUGAUGAAUGAGAGCAUCACACGAGCGGCUGGCGCAGUACAUGGUCAGGAAAUAACCCCUCAACGAAUGGAGGCUAUCAUAACUGCAGCUGGUCGGCUCCCUCGACAACGAACAACCUUGUAUGAAUCUGCUAUGCCGAGAUUCCAGAAUGUUUAAUGUGCAUUCUUAUAUUCAUUUCAAAUUCCAGCACCACGGUGCAUAGAAAGCUUGCUUCCAUGAACAUACAUAUGCAAUAUGCACAUUUUAUUGAUGAGAACACGAGGUUUUAUAAACAGGA